AUGGCGGAGGCGGGCCCCAGCAACGCGGUGGUGGCGGCGGCAGAGCCAGAGGUGGACCUGAGCAUCCACCCCAGCGGCAUCGUGCCGCAGCUGCAGAACGUGGUGGCGACUGUGAACCUGGAGUGCAAGCUGGACCUGAAGAACAUCGCGCUCCACGCCCGCAACGCCGAGUACAACCCCAAGCGCUUUGCCGCCGUCAUCAUGCGCAUCCGCGAGCCCAAGUCCACCGCGCUCAUCUUCCACUCGGGCAAGAUGGUGUGCACGGGGACCAAGAGCGAGCAGGAGGCGCGCAUCGCGUCCCGCAAGUACGCCAAGAUCCUGCAGAAGCUGCAGUACUCGGUGUCGUUCAAGGAGUUCAAGAUCCAGAACAUGGUGGGCAGCUGCGACGUGAAGUUCCCCAUCCGCCUGGAGGGCCUGGCCAGCACGCACGCCGUGUUCUGCAGCUAUGAGCCGGAGCUGUUCCCGGGCCUCAUCUACCGCAUGGCCGACCCCAAGAUUGUGCUGCUCAUCUUUGUCAGCGGCAAGGUGGUGCUGACUGGCGCCAAGAAGCGCGAGGACAUCUACCGCGCCUUUGAAAACAUCUACCCCGUGCUGCAGACGUUCCGCAAAGGCGGUGAGUUUUGUGUUUGA